ACUUGCCUAGUUGGCUUCAAAAGCUAAAACGCAGAACACCGCACUCAGAUCUCCCAGACUCCCCACCAAACUCUCCCCAGAAUGGCGGCUUUUUCUCUGUUCUCCUCUGCUCAUAUUGCCACCAAACCCAACCUCCAUUUCAUCAAAGCCUCCACCUCCGAUCUUCCCAAAAGCUCCCCUCUACCGCCAUCACCUUCGACGCAGCCGCAGCAACCACCCCUCAAGCCCCACCAUAACAUCCGCGAAGAAGCUCGUCUCCACAACGCUGUAGCCAACGCGACCAACCACCCUCGCUUCACAGCCAAAUACGUCCCAUUCACCGCCAUUUCCGAUCCUUCAUCAUCCGACGAAUCAUACUCUCUGGACGAGAUCGUCUACCGAUCCCAGUCGGGCUCCCUCCUCGACGUCCACCACGACAUGUCCGCUCUCAAACAUUUCGAUGGCGCGUACUGGCGAAACCUCUUCGAUUCCCGUGUCGGAAAAACCACGUGGCCGUUCGGUUCCGGUGUCUGGUCCAAAAAAGAAUGGGUCCUACCAGAAAUCGACGACGAUGACAUCAUUUCCGCUUUUGAAGGGAACUCUAACCUCUUCUGGGCCGAAAGGUACGGCAAACAAUUUUUAGGAAUGAACGAUUUGUGGGUGAAACAUUGUGGGAUUAGCCAUACGGGAAGUUUUAAAGAUUUGGGCAUGACGGUUUUAGUUAGUCAAGUUAACAGGUUAAGGAAAAUGAAUAAACCACUUGUUGGGGUUGGGUGUGCUUCAACAGGUGAUACGUCGGCAGCAUUAUCUGCUUAUUGUGCAGCUGCUGGGAUUCCUUCUAUAGUCUUUUUACCUGCUAAUAGAAUUUCAAUGGCUCAACUUGUUCAACCCAUUGCCAACGGUGCCUUUGUUUUGAGCAUUGAUACUGAUUUUGAUGGAUGUAUGCAGUUGAUUAGGGAAGUAACAGCUGAAUUGCCGAUUUAUUUGGCAAAUUCGCUGAAUAGUUUGCGGCUUGAAGGACAAAAAACGGCUGCUGUUGAGAUUGUACAGCAGUUUGAUUGGGAAGUACCGGAUUGGGUUAUUGUUCCGGGUGGAAAUCUUGGGAAUAUUUAUGCUUUUUAUAAGGGGUUCUCUAUGUGCAAAGAGUUGGGACUUGUUGAUAGGAUUCCUAGGUUGGUUUGUGCACAAGCUGCUAAUGCCAAUCCAUUGUAUUUGUAUUAUAAGUGUGGUUGGAAGGAGUUUAAUCCUGUGAAAGCAAAUACAACGUUUGCAUCUGCUAUCCAGAUUGGUGAUCCUGUUUCCAUUGAUAGGGCUGUGUAUGCUUUGAAAAAUUCAAAUGGGAUAGUCGAGGAGGCUACUGAGGAGGAGUUGAUGGAUGCUAUGGCACAAGCUGAUUCUACUGGGAUGUUUACUUGCCCUCAUACAGGAGUGGCGUUGACUGCAUUGAUUAAGCUUAGGAAAAGUGGAGUUAUUGGUCCUACAGAUAGGACUGUGGUGGUGAGUACGGCUCAUGGGUUGAAAUUUACACAGAGCAAGAUUGAUUAUCACUCCAAGGAUAUUAAGGAUAUGGCUUGCCGGUUUGCUAACCCUCCUGUGCAAGUGAAGGCAGAUUUUGGUUCGGUUAUGGAUGUUUUGAAGAAGUAUUUGUUGAGUAAAGCCCAUUAGGCUGAUUAUUGUGAGCAUUGUAAGAUUUGCUCUUGUACCUUUCUAUUGUUUGGUUUAGGCAUUGAUAUUGCAAUCGUAAUGUAUCUUUCUUUGCCAACUUCUUAGAGCCUUCUUGUUAGGAUUGUAGCUUUUGAAGAGAGAAAACAUCUUUCUGGAAGCAUACCAAUUUUGGAUGAGCUCUUUACUAUUUGAUUUUAAUGCAUUUUUCUUGUUGAA